AUCCCAAGGUUGCUUCGGGCCCUUCAAUUUCCUCUUCCACAACCAGCGGUGGAGAGACUACCGAAGGCAACAGCGGUGCAGCCCCUAAAACAGCCCAUUCGAUUGCUUCGCUGCCGGAUGAAGAAAAAGAGGAGCAUGCAUACUAUCUUCUCAUGUCAGCCGUCCAUCCUCAACUAUCGCUCACUCUUGCUCAAGCCAACACGACAAAGGAUAUGUGGGGAUGCAUCAUGGCACGGUUCGACUGCAUGGGCAACCAUGCACAAGUGGCUCUCCUCCGGGAUCUCAUCACUACACGGAUGGACCCAACAACAAGUCUUCGCUCCUACUUCGAUCGAGUUCGAAACCUUACACACCAACUCAAAUCUGCCGGCUUUGAGCUACCAUCAUGGGUGGUGUCUAUGACGGUUGAAUACCUACAGUCACGCCUACUCGAUGCCGAGUGGGAGCGGUCACAAUCUGGUACAAGCCGCAACAUGGAGGGUGCAUACAACCUCAAUUCCCAGCCCUCCCACCCUCUUCGCUCCGGUUCACGCCAGUCGCCCACCUGCCGUUACUGCAAGAAAACGGGUCACACCAUCGACGAAUGCUUCAAAUUGAAGAAGAAGAAAGAGCUUGAAGAAAGCUCUAAACGGGAGAAAUCCGCCAUCCAGCCCUCGGUGCAUGUCUCCACCAGCUCCUCUGCUGAAACUACUCCAACCCCCACACCACCUCCUGCCCCAUCAGCUCCUCAGUCUGUACCUGAUUCCCGGUACGUUGACAUUGCUAUCAGCACCCGCCACCACCCCAUCUUCUCCACAUGGACUCCUCUCGUCGCUGCUGUCUUCAUUCUCACCUUCCUCCUUCUCCUCCUCCUCUUCCCUUAUGGGGUUCCCUACGCAUCGGCAUUCACGGCCUCCUCAUUCAACAUGGAGCGGACUUCGUCGUGGCUGGUGGACAGCGGCGCAUCCUCCCAUAUCUGCUCGGAUCGUUCGCUGUUUUCGUCUCUCAAGAAGCCCAACGAAGAUAUCCUUGUUCGUUUUGGUGGGGGAGAGACUUACAAGGUCUUGGGAGUCGGCACGGUGGUGGCUACACUUCGGUCACCAACAUCGGAAACCACCAUUCAGCUUGACAACGUUUUAUUUCUCCCUUCAUCAGUUCACAACCUGCUCUCUGUUUGUGCACUUGGUGCUGCCGGCGUUGCCGUCUCGUUCCCCGCUGCUGGGCGCGUUGUUCUCACAGCUGAUGACGCUCCUAUUGGCGAGGGAUACACCCGCAACAACCUGUUUUAUCUUCAACUGCAUCAUGGGAGCAGUGCUGCUCCUUCUAUCAAGCCAACUGCAUGUCCAGCCUCCACCACCACCUCCUCGUACCUCUGGCAUCGUCGUUUCGGGCAUCUUAACAUGCAGGACUUGUCAACACUUCAUCGGCAGCAGCUGGUCACCGGUCUUCACCUCUCCUCCACCUCGAUUCCCCCCUGCAUCUCGUGCUAUCGUGGGAAACAAACACGUCAGCCGUUUGGCGUGUCCCAUUCUCGCACCACAGCACCACUCCAACUCAUUCACUCAGAUAUUGCUCGACCGUUUUCAUACGGAACUACCAUUGGCGGUGCUCGCUACCUUCUCACCUUCAUCGACGACUACUCCCGCCACAUUACAGUGCUGGAACAACAGCCUACAUGGCAGCAUGUGGCACACCAUAGGAGCCAGCAAGAGAAAGUGCUGUUGCUGAGAGUUGAACCCGCGACCUCUAAGACCAAAGCCGUGGACUGGGUGGUGAUGGUGGAGGGGGGGCGCAUAGCAGAGCAGGGGCCGUAUGUACAGCUGAAGGCGUCGGCACCCAAGUUCCAGCGGCUGCUGGAGAAGGCAGGCGCGCUGGAGGAGCACGGGGAUGGGGAGGUGGGGGGGGAGGGAGGAGGAGAAACAGCCGGGGACGCGGGCGGCGGGGGGUUUGAGGCGAGCGCUGAAGCGGCAGCAGCUGCUGCAAUGUCUGGCUGUAGCAGCAGCAGCAGCGGUGGUGGUGCUGGUGCUGGUGGUGGUGGUUCUGCUGCUGCAGAGAACGGCGUUUCUAGCAGCAGCGACCAGGUUGGGGAGAAGAGCGGAGCAGGGAAGGGGGAGAAGAGCGGAGCAGGGGGGACAACCCUAGUGCAGGCAGAGGAGAAGGCGCAGGGUGUGGUGAGCGCGGCAGUGGUGUGGCGGUACGUGAGGGCCAUGGGGGGGACGGGCGUGCUGGCUGUGCUCAUCUCGCUCUACGUGCUUGUGGAGGCAGCCAGGGUGCUGGCGAGUGUGUGGAUCAGCAUUUGGACGGGCGAAAGCGGUGGCAGUGGUGCGCAUGGGUCGCUGUACUUCGUGGCGGGGUAUUCACUCAUCUCGCUGGGCCAAGUGCUGCUCACCUUCGCCAACCAGUAUUUUCUCGUGUUUUCCUCCCAGCGAGCGGCUCGUCGUCUGCACGAUGCCAUGCUAGCGGCCAUUCUGCGAGCUCCCAUGUCCUUCUUUCACACCAACCCCGUCGGUCGCCUCAUAAACCGCUUCACCAAGGAUACAGCCGACAUCGAUAAAAACCUAGCGCAGUACACGUCGCUGUGCCUGGGCGGCAUAUUCCAGCUGCUCUCCACCUUCGCCCUCAUCGGCGUUCUCAACACCGUUGCCCUCUGGGCCAUCGUGCCGCUGCUGCUGCUCUUCUACAUUGUCUACCUCUACUUCCAAAGCACCGCACGAGAAGUCAAGCGCUGGGACUCCGUCACUCGUUCCCCUGUCUACUCUCAGUUUGCAGAAGCAUUAAACGGCCUAGCAACGAUCAGGGCGUACAGGGCAGCGGCGCGUAUGGCAGCCAUGAACGGGCGGGCGGUGGAUCGCAACACACGCUUCACCCUCAUCAGCAUGAGCGCCAACCGCUGGCUCGCCAUCCGCCUCGAAUUCCUCGGGGGACUCAUGAUCUUCGCCACGGCAGUAUUCUCAGUGAUGGACGUGCAGAGGGCGGGCGACCAGGCAGCACUGGCACCGGUGAUGGGGCUCAUUUUGGUGUAUGCGCUGCAAAUCACAGCCAUGAUGACCAUGGUCCUGCGCCUGCUCUCCGUUGCUGAAACCUCGUUCAACGCGGUGGAGAGGGUGGGCAGUUACGCCGACAUCCCUCCCGAAGCGCCGGCCAUCAUUCCGAGCCACCGCCCGCCACCCGGGUGGCCGGAGCAGGGGGAGGUGUUAUUUGAGGACGUGGUGAUGCGGUACAGGCCGGACCUGACGCCCGUGCUCAGGGGGCUCAGUGCGCUGGUGCAGGGAGGGGAGAAGGUCGGCGUGGUGGGCAGGACUGGCGCAGGCAAGUCGUCGCUGUUCAACUCGCUCUUCCGAUUGGCCGAGAUCGAGAGCGGGCGCAUCUGCAUCGACGGUCAGGAUCUGAAGCUGUUUGGAGUGACAGACGUGCGCCGUGCGCUCAUGAUCAUCCCCCAGACGCCCGUGCUCUUCACUGGCACGCUGCGGUUCAACCUGGAUCCGUUCAGCGAGCGCAGCGACAGCGAGGUGUGGGAGGCGCUGGGGAGGGCGCACCUGAGGGAGGUGGUAUCCCGCAUGCCGCUGGGGCUGGACACAGAGGUGUUACAUGGGGAGGCGGUAUAUGAAGUGGAAUCUUGCGUCCUACUGUAUUUCUUCACAUGCUUGCCGUCUCCCCUCCUCUCUCCUCCCCCUCUCUCCUCUCUCCUCCUCCUCUCUCCUCUCUCCUCUCUCUUCCCCCUCUCUCCUCUCUCCUCCUCCUCUCUUAUACCUCGUCUCUCCUCUUCCCCACUUGCUCUUCAGACAGACACGGAUUUUCCCCUUCAACUUUUUCUUUUCCCACAGGUGGCGGAGGGGGGGGAGAACUUCAGCGUGGGGCAGCGGCAGCUGAUCAGCCUGGCGCGGGCGCUGCUGAAGGAGUCGCGCAUUCUGGUGCUGGAUGAAGCGACGGCAGCCGUUGAUGUGGGCACGGAUGCACUGAUCCAACGGACGGUGCGCGAGGAGUUCAAGGGGCGCACCAUGCUCACCAUCGCCCACCGGCUCAACACCAUCAUGGAUAGCGACCGGAUCCUCGUCAUGGACGCUGGCAUGGCCCUGGAAUACGACACGCCAGCCAAUCUUGUACUCAAUGAAGGGAGCGUCUUCGCAGCGAUGGUGCGCAGCACGGGGCCGCAGACCGCCAAGUAUCUGCGCAGUGUGGCGCUGGGGGAGGUGGCGCUAGCAGACGAGCUUGCCGGCCGGGCGGCGGCGCAGGAGAAGCAGAUGGCGCGCGAGGCGGCCAAGUGGCGGUGGGCCACUGCCGCGCAGUGGGCCCUCGCUCUCACGCUCACUUCGUCCCAGCGAGACUUGCAGGCCAUGUGUAAUGACAGCGAGGGGGAGGAGGGAGAGAGCGAUGCACUUGUGGCCGUCACACAACCGCCAACCUUCCAGAGAGGCGUGCUGGAAGAGACAAGGGAUGCCGCCCAGGUGCUGCAGGCGGUGCUGUCGGGGCAGCGCAGCGAGGAGAUCUCGUCAGCGCUGACGAGGCGACAGCUGUCGGAAGACAAGUGGUGGACGGCUGUCAGCCGCGUGGUGCAGGGCCUGGCCCUCAUGGCGAAGCAGGUGCAGGCGAAGCUCGAGGCGGACGGCAGUCUGAGAGACUCCGCCAGCUCAGCAGGGGCUGCGGCGGGCGGCAGGUGGGCACAGCUGGCGGCAACGGGGGAGGAGAUGGCGGGCGGCAGAGUGGUGUGA